CUUCAACAGUCUGAAGAGGAGAAGGGGCAGCUGUGCCUCUGGGUCCCUCCACUAGUCCUGUGAUGGCCGUUAUAACUGCUUGUGUGCACAGGUCAGUAAAAACAGCGCUGCUGCUGCUGUCAGUGUUUUUGCUGUCUGAAGCUCUACCAGCCAGCUGGCUGCCAGGGAACUAUGCAAAUACCACCUCAGAUGCACUGAGGUUCCUCAGCGACUACAACAGCACUGCAGAGGAGGUGUUCUUUAAGAGCGUGUUGGCCGGCUGGAACUACAACACAAACCUGACAGACUACAACUCCAAGUUGCAGGUAGCUGCAAGCCUUGUGGAUCAGGAGUUCUCUGAAGUCUGGAGCUUGAAGGCCAAGGAGGUCUUCUCUAAGGAUGUACUAAACUCUCUGUCUGAGAAAGACAGAACGCUGCUUAAAAAUGUCAAGUUACUGGGCACUGCCAACCUUCCACAGGCUGAGCGAGAGGAGUUCAACACCCUCUGGACUAUCAUGGACAGAAUUUAUUCAACAAGUAAGGUGUACCCACUGCCAAACGUUAGCUGGAGCCUGGAAUCUGACCUCUCAGAAAUCUUGGCCAACUCCAGGAGUUACAAGAAGCUGCUGUUUGCCUGGGAGGGCUGGCGCAAUGCAGCAGGCGUGCCCCUUAAGCAGCAUUAUCCCAGGUUUGUGGAGCUCAGCAACAAAGCUGCUCGUGGUGAUGGCUUUGAAGACACAGGAGCUUAUUGGCGCUCCUGGUAUGAGACUGAAACCUUUCAGGAGGAUUUAGAGAAGCUCUACAAGACGAUUGAACCGCUCUACCUGAACCUGCAUGCCUUUGUGCGCCGCAAGCUCUACAACUUCUACGGUCCUAAAUAUAUCAAUCUGAAGGGGCCUAUCCCUGCUCACCUGUUGGGAAACAUGUGGGCCCAGUCAUGGAGCAACAUUUACAACAUGAUGAUACCGUUUCCUGGCAAACCCUUCCUAGAUGUGACUGGCGAGAUGGUCAGACAGGGCUAUAAUGCUACUCGCAUGUUUCGUUUAUCUGAGGAGUUCUUCACCUCUCUGGGAUUGAAGGAAAUGCCCUCAGAAUUCUGGGAAAAGUCCAUGCUUGUUAAACCUGCUGAUCGGGAGGUUGUGUGCCAUGCUUCUGCCUGGGAUUUUUACAACCGUAAGGACUUCAGGAUUAAGCAGUGCACCACAGUGACGAUGGAUGACCUCUUCACUGUGCACCAUGAGAUGGGCCACAUCCAGUAUUUCCUGCAGUACAAGGAUCAGCCUGUAGGCUACCGGAGUGGAGCCAAUCCUGGUUUCCAUGAAGCCAUCGGUGACGUCAUGUCCCUUUCUGUCUCAACACCGAAGCAUCUGCAUGAGAUCAACCUGCUGGAAUCUGUGACCUCUGACGUUGAAACUGACCUGAACUUCCUGCUGAAGACUGCUCUGGAUAAAAUAGCCUUCCUCCCCUUUGGCUACCUCGUUGACCUCUGGAGAUGGGGCGUGUUUAGUGGAAGCACCCCUCCAGAGAAGUACAACUCUGCUUGGUGGCAACUCAGAACAAAAUACCAGGGAAUUUGCCCACCUAUCAGGCGCACAGAGGAACACUUUGAUCCUGGAGCAAAGUUCCAUAUCCCUGGUAACACACCAUACAUCAGGUACUUUAUAAGCUUCAUCCUGCAGUUCCAGUUGCAUGAGAAACUCUGCGAGGCAGCCAAUCAGAGCAGCCCUCUGCACACAUGUGACAUUUACCGUUCUACAGAAGCUGGAGCCAUUUUAAAGAAAGUUAUGGAGGCAGGCUCUUCUAAACCCUGGCCUGAAGUGCUUCAGGAGGCCAUAGGCACACGUGAAAUAAAUGCCACCUCUCUAAUGAAAUACUUUGAGCCCAUAAUAAAGUGGCUGGAAGAACAAAAUGUGAAUGAGACCCUUGGAUGGCCUGAACUCAGCUGGGUUCCACCCAUCCCUGAAGGUUACCCUGAGGAUGUCCUUGCAGAAAUAAAAGCCUCUGCUGCAUAGAUGCAGGAAUUGCAUGUUUCACAUGUGCUGGUUCAUCUGAAUGGACUUGUUCAUCUGGACAUCAAUGAAGCAGGAACUGUCAGGGCCAAAUAAAAAGGAAUAACUGGAAACCAGAUUCCUCCCUUAUCAGCAGCUCUACAAUUGUAAUCGGUUUGGAAAGCAUGAUGCUAAUAAACUUUAGCUAUGUAAAUUAAA